GGCUCUCAAGUCAACGGUCAGUCUCAAUGGGCACCCUUUAAUUCCGAGAUAGACUGGAGACUAGCAAAGUGGGCGAAGAUGCGUGGGCCAAGCUCGACUGCUUUCAGUGAGCUGCUUGAUAUACCAGGGGUUACUGAGGCUCUUGGCUUAUCGUACUCGAGCUCAAAUGAGCUUAACAAAAUCAUUGACACCCAGCUACCUCGUCGUAGGCCUGUAUUCACCCACCAUGAAGUUGUUGCUGGAGGGGAGAGCUUCGACUUCUUCUCCCGUGAUAUCAUUGAGUGCAUUCGCGCGCUCUAUGGCGAUCCAAAUCACACCCAAUAUCUAAGUUUCCAGCCUGAACGCCAGUACGCAGACGCAGACAAGACACAGAGGCUGUAUCACGAUAUGCAAACCGGAAGAUGGUGGUGGAGUACGCAGAAAACUUUGGAAGAACAAAAGUCGGGUGCUACAGUUAUCCCCGUUAUACUGUCUUCGGACAAGACUCAGGUCACACUCUUCAGAAACAAGACUGCAUAUCCCGUCUAUCUCACCAUUGGGAAUCUCCCGAAAACUAUCCGCCGAAAACCUAGUCGACAGGGCCAGAUUCUUCUCGCCUACCUGCCUACUUCCCGCCUUGAUCACAUAUCCAACAAAACUGCACGGCGUCGUACUCUCGCCAACCUGUUUCACGCGUGUAUGGGCUAUAUAGUCGAGCCACUGCGUGAAGCCGGAGUACAUGGCAUUCCGAUGACUAGUGGUGAUGGUGUAACACGCCGGGGCCAUCCUAUUCUUGCUGCCUACAUAGGUGAUUACCCAGAGCAGUGCUUGGUCACAGCAGCCUUUGGCGGAACGUGUCCGGUGUGCGAUUGCACGCAUGACACUCUCGGCGAAUAUCCCUGCCCAUCGUCACCUCGUGAUUUGGAUGUCGUCCUUGAUGCACUUGAUAAACUGGAAUCUUCUUCGUUCUCACAGGCUUGUCGGGACGCCAACAUACGACCUGUACAGCAUCCAUUCUGGGAGAGCCUUCCCUAUGUGGACAUCUUUCGAUCCAUUACGCCUGACAUUCUUCACCAAUUGCAUCAAGGGGUCUUCAAACAUUUGCUGCAGUGGCUCAAAGCAAUACUCGGCUCAGCUGAGAUUGAUGCACGUGCACGGCGACUACCGCCCAACCAUAGCAUCAGACUCUUUCGGAAAGGUAUCACAACUCUUUCACGCGUGAGCGGCACCGAGCAUAAACAAAUGUCACGCUUCCUGCUUGGGCUGAUUAUCGAUGCUCCUCUCCCUCGGGAUGAAGUAACACGGCUUCUUCAAGCCACUCGCAGUCUGCUUGACUUCAUAUAUCUAGCCCAAUACCCCAUUCACUCCGACAGAACACUCGAAGCUAUGGAAGAUGCGCUAGGUGACUUCCAUACCCACAAGGACAUUUUCAUAGAGCUCGGCGCCCGCGAGCAGCUCAAUAUCCCCAAACUCCAUAUGCUUCUUCAUUAUGCUCGUGCAAUCCGCGAUUUAGGCACUGCUGACAACUUCAAUACGGAGGCGACAGAGAGACUUCACAUUGAUCUGGCAAAGGAUGCGUAUGCAGCAACCAACCACAAGGAUGAACUUUUUCAAAUGGUUAAAUGGCUCGAGCGUAAGGAGAAGGUUUUCCAUCAUGCUAGCUAUAUCCACUGGAAAGAGGCGACCUCAACACCCCCAGCAGCCAGCAGCCGCGAGCAAUGGGUGGUACCUGACCUUGCCUGCGUGCUUCAUCAAAAGAUGACGCGUCAUCCAACUCGGCCAAAUGUCUCUCUGGCUGAUAUUCAAUCGCCAAAGCACUAUGGUGCCCGCUUCUUCACGGCCGCCGUUUUACGUUUCGUGACACAUCUCCGUCAACCUGACAUCACGGCCCGAGACCUCGAGAUCAAAACAUCGGAGCGUUCUUUGCCUCUGGAACGAGUGUCAGCCUUCCACCGCCUCAAGUUUGUGAAUGCCGAGGCUUUUGGUCCAGAUACCUUCGAUUCUGUACAUGUUCAACCAUCACGUUACAACCCCGAUGGAGCUGUAGCAUCUCCUGCUCGGUUUGACACAGUUCUCGUCCGUGUAGAUGCCGACACCUCAGCUGGUAUAAAACAAUAUCGAGUUGCUCAAGUCCGGCUCAUCUUCACUUUACCUGACAGUGUUAUGCGCCUGCUUCUCCCCGGUUUUACAGAGUUUCCUGAGCAUCUGGCAUAUGUCGAAUGGUUCAGCGCAUUCACUUCGUCUCCGGAUCGGGCUUCUGGACUAUACAAGGUACACCGAGACGUCAACGGAGGUCAGAGGCAAGCCUCGGUUAUCCCAGUAAGCGUCAUUGAGAGGAGCGUGCAUCUGAUCCCAAAGUGGGGUGCUGUAGUGCCUUCACGGUGGACAUCAGAUAAUGUAUUAGAAGAAUGCACGACAUUCUAUGUAAACGUGUUCAAGGAUACACAUACAUACUUCAAUGUAUACUAA